UUAAGGGAACAGUGUUCCAGAGCUGCAGAAGGUUCAUCAAGAAGGGAAGAUAGUUUUCUGCGAAGAAUUUCGCACAUCCCCAUUCAGUAAGAUAAUUUCGAGUACGUUAUUGAUACCGUUCGGUGGUCGCAAUGGAGAGUGGGAGGUCAGAUUUAGAUGGCGUCGAGGCGAACGGGAUAGCGAAAGAAACGGCAGUUGCCACGUACAAGCCGUUGUCAGAGGACGACUCUACUAAGCAAGAUAAAGUAGAAACUCCAGCAAUGGGAAAGCCAAACAACGAGAACGAAAUUGACGAUGGGGUCCACGAAAAGAUGCUCAAAGAUGAGAGCAAAAUCUCUCCUACGAAAGAUACUACCGAGGUGAAGUUUAUUUCUGAAAAUGGAGAUGCCAAGAUUGAUAUUGAGACAGUUAAGCAAGCACUUUCUGGCAUGGGAAAAGAGGAAUUAAUGAAAUUUGCUAAUGAUCCAUACUGGAUUAAAUUGAGAUGGUUUUUAUUUAUUGCAUUUUGGUUAUUGUGGUUUGCCAUGUUGGCUGGUGCUAUAGCUAUUGUAGCAGUGGCUCCAAAAUGUGUAGCACCAGAACCCAAAGAAUGGUGGGAGAAGAGUCCCAUUGUUCAAUUAGAUCCUCAAGAAACCAUCAGUUCUAACUUAAAGGGUGUGGUGUCAUUGCUAGAUCUUUUGAAACAUCAAAAUAUAGAUGCAAUAUCUCUUGCAUCCAUAGUUAAAGAAAGUUUAACAGGAGGUACAGAAGACUUCAAAAACAUUAAGCCAGAAUAUGGAACUACAAGUGAUCUAGAGGUUCUUAUAAAAGCUGCAAAAGAUAGAGAGCAGCAUAUUAUUUUGGAAUUAGAUCCAAGCAGUACAUCAACUGAACAUCCAUGGUUUAAAAGGUCUGUAGAAAAGGAAGAACCCUUCACAUCUUACUAUGUUUGGGCUGAUGGGAAGAUAACUUCUGACGGCAAACGUACUGCACCUAAUAAUUGGCUAAGUGUAAAUGGAGGAACAGCAUGGGAAUGGAAUGAACAAAGGGAACAGUAUUAUCUUCACCAGUUUAAUACUACACAACCUGAAUUGAAUUAUAAUAACCCAGCAGUAAUUACCGAAUUUGCAGAUAUUUUAAGUCAUUGGUUAAAAUUGGGUAUUAGUGGAUUUCGCUUAGCUAAUACUCAAUAUUUAACCGAAGAUCCGGAACUUCGUGAUGAAUUUAGAAGCAUCAUUCCUACUGAAGUAGAUAACUAUGAUUCCUUAGUACAUGCUUAUACGAGAGAUCGUCCAGAAAAUGCUGCAGUCUUAACAAACUGGCAAGAAAGAGUUUAUAAUGAAACAAAUAAUAAAGGGUUCUUUGCUCUUCAAGAUGACAUUGGAACAGAUAUUUUACAAGUUUACAAUGAAAAGAAAAGACUAAUCGAUGUCCCACAAAAUUCGCUAUUCCUCACAACUGCAGAUAGCAGUAUAAAUGCUACAACUUUGCGGCACGGGUUUUCACAUUGGCUUAAUUUCACUUCUUGGCCAGCUUGGGAUAUUAAUGGCAAACAGCGCACUUUGAGAGAAAGAAUGCCUGCAGACAUUGCAGACAGCUUGACCCUCAUGACAUUGCUUUUACCUGGAACUCCAGUGCUCAAAUUGAAUGACACAUUAUCUGCAAAGGGUGCUUUUGCAACUUUAGCUAAAGCACGUGAAAGCUCAACAUUCCUUCAUGGGGAGACACUACUUAAGACUGUCAAUGGAAGUGUAUUUGCAUACACCAGGUUAAAGAGCGGCAAUCCUGGUUACUUAGUAGCGUAUCAAACAGCUGAAGAGUCUACUGUGGUGGACUUCUCCGAAAUACCACAGAUGUCGGAUGAAGUUAGUGUAGUUGCAUAUAGUCCUAAUUAUGUACAGGACAGCGACACAAUAAGAACUAAAUUACCCUCUAGUAAGGUUCCUAUAUCGUCCAAGAGCACAGUUGUUUUAACAUUUGUGCCAAAGAGUUAAUUACGAAACAGAAAGCGCUUAAACGAUUAACAAUAAUC